AGCAAAUUUUGUCAUAUAUAAUUCAUGGGUAAAAUGUGAAAAAAAUUCGGUUGAAAAUCAAAAGUUUAUACCUUGAUUGCCAUUUUCCCACUAAAUUCUUCCACGUCAGCACACUUGAUAUUUUUAUACUCUACGCCUUUCCUCGAGAGCGGAUUGUUACCAACAUUCACAUACGCCUUCCCUUGCUUGAUACGAAUUGACAAAGGCAUGUCUGAAUGUAUCUUGAAAGCUGUUUCGUCAGUUUCGAGAGACGCAAAAUAAAUCACUCUUGAUAAACACCAACAGGCGAAUUCGAACUUUGCACCUGGUGAGAGCGUCCCCUGCAUUCAACCAAUAACAGAUGAGCAAUAUUCCCGUUGGCGCAUAGUUAAUUAGUACGGUUUAUUCUACACCAAUCACAAAGAAGCACGGUUGCACGUGAUGACUCUGAUCUCGGACAUGAUAUGAGCGAACAGUUAUAUUUUUUAAUCCAUUGCGUGUGUAUGUCCUUAAUCCUGAUGAGGAUUUAAACAAAUUGAAAACAAUGCUAUCUUCACCAGACAAAGAGGAUGACGACUCGUCAAUUUGCGCAAUUGGGUUUUCAAGCUCCCCUGAACCGAUAUCACCGACAGGGUCGCUGCUAUCGAGGCUGCUAUCUUCCAAGGAAACGGGAACAGAAGCCAGCUCACCUUUGGCGAUAGGAUUCAGUGACAGUGAAAAAUCAUCUCCAGCUAUACUUCCAUGCCCAUGGACAGACGGUACGAAAAUCAGAAAUCAGAAAACUGCAUUAUCUAUAACAACUGUUUUUGAACAUGUAUUCUCUUUUCCUUUCAGUUACCAGCUCUCCAUUAGCUUCUCCCUCACCAGACUUGACCGCGCUGCUGCGUGAAGAAUAUUCCUCUCCUUGUGCUAUUGGGUUCAGUAGUGACGACUGUGCUGCGGAUAUAUCAUCUUCCAAUUCAAUUUCUUCUGAAUGUAAGAGAAUAAUAUAGGUAUUUCGAAGCUAAAUUAGGCUUAAGCUUUGACAUACUGUAGAGGCACAACG